AUGGGCGACUUGCCCGAAUGGAAAGUCGGCGGUGAAAAGCUCAAGGGCAGAGCCCUGAACUGGUCCAUUGGGUUCAUCGCUAGCUGCGGGUUCCUUAUGUUUGGCUACGAUCAGGGUGUACUGAGUGCCCUGCUCACGCUUGAUUCCUUUCAGGAGGUUCUCCCGCUCAUGACCCCUCGCGACAAAUCAAAUGAUCUUUGUUGGCUGGAUAAUCCGACCAACACCAUUCCCAAUCCUACGUACUGCACAGGCGAUGCAAACACCCAGGCAGCAGGAGUCGCGAUAUACCAGAUCGGAUGCUGGAUGGGUUCACUCGUAAUUCUAGCUUAUGGUGAACGGUGGGGACGAAAGUCGAGUACAUUCUGGGGCUCUCUAAUUAUGAUCAUUGGGACAAUUAUGCAGGCGGCGUGCUUCGACUACGGCUUGUUCGUGGCAGGUCGUGUUGUUGGAGGUAUUGGGAACGGCAUGGUAACAUCUAGUGAGUAUUUCAUCAAGGUGUCUUCUACAUACAAUGAUCCUGACCGGGCAGCAAUCCCAACAUGGCAGUCCGAAUGUGCCCGACCGCACCAGCGAGGUGUCCUGAUCAUGCUCUCAGGGGCUCUUAUAUCUGCCGGUGUUAUGAUCGCAUACUGGGUGGAUUACGGAUUCUACUUCUUGACUGGUUCUGUCCGCUGGAGGUUCCCACUGAUGUUCCAAUCUUUCUUUACUAUUAUUGUCAUGAUCGGCUUACUUUAUCUUCCCGAUUCCCCAAGAUGGCUCACCAUGCAGGGACGCCAUGCUGAGGCUCGCGAUGUCACUGCUCGACUUGUGGGCAAGGUAGAAGACCACCCAGAUGUAGAGGAAGAACUACGCAGCAUUAACGAAGCAUUGGAAGUACAGAGUCGUGGCGGGAGCUUCAAGUACCGUGAACUGCUCACCAACGGGCCGUCACAGAACCUUCGCCGCUCUACUUUGGCCAUGGUCUCUCAAUUUUUCCAACAAAUGUGCGGUAUAAAUCUCGUGACUUACUACGCAACUGCGAUCUUUGAGAACUCUCUCGGAUUCGGUCCAGAAAUGGCACGUCUACUUGCGGCCUGUAAUGGAACUGAGUACUUCAUGGCGUCACUCAUAGCGCUGCCACUCAUUGAACGGACCGGUCGGCGGAAGCUGAUGAUAAUCGGUGCCUUUGGGAUGAUGGUCUCGAUGGCAAUUCUAGCUGGCACUGUAUCCACGGGCGAAAUAAUGGAAAAUGGAGCACCUAAGCUGGAGACACAAUAUGGUGUCACGGCAACUGUGUUCUUAUUUGUUUUCAAUUCCUUCUUCGCCAUUGGCUGGCUCGGAAUGACCUGGCUGUAUCCAGCCGAAAUCACAAACCUUCGCAUUCGCAUUCAGGCCAAUGCCCUGUCCACCAGUUCCAACUGGAUGUCCAACUUCCUUAUUGUCAUGAUCACUCCACCCGCUUUCGCGAACUUGGGAUACCAGACAUACAUAAUUUUCGCGGUCUUCAAUGCUGCACUUAUUCCGUGCGUUUAUCUCUUCUUCCCUGAGACCAAGGGCCGCACGCUUGAAGAGCUGGAUGUGGUCUUCGCAAGUGCUAACGCUCAGGGCAUCUCGCCUGUGAAACAGAGCUUGCAGAUGCCGAAGUUGGCUGGUGACAGUCUAGACAGAGAAUUGGCGCGCUACUUUGGUACGAGUAGUGAUGAAGAGACUUCGAGGGAGAAGUAG